AUGUGGAAGUCCGAUGGCUUCCAUGGCUUUGGCUAUGGCAUGGCGGUCGCCAUGGGCAUCUUUCUUCUGAUCACCGCAGUUACUCUCAUCAUCUACUACUUCCUUCGUUGGAGGAACAUCAGAGCCGAUGAACAUCAGAGCGACGCUGUUGUGGAGGCGGAGCUGGCUGAUGUGGAGCAGGGAAUUGAUGAGACGACUUUGAAAAGCUUCCCGAAGGUGAUAUAUGGUGAAGAUGAAGUGGGAUCUACUGCUAAUGAUCCGUUCUGCUCAAUCUGUUUAUUGGAUUAUACAGAUGCUCAGAUAUUAAGGCUCUUACCUGAUUGUCGCCAUAUAUUCCACGCUGCGUGUGUGGAUGAAUGGCUCCAACAACAUCCAACAUGCCCCAUUUGCCGGUGCACGCCACUAGUUGCAUUUCGGGCAUGCAAUUUUCCAUCUGCCUUAAUGGUUUUCUCAAGGGGUUCUUUAAAUCUUGAUAUGGCCUCCGUUAAGGUUGCCCCCGCCCUCUCCUUGCUCUUCUGCAUUGUGAUGGAUGUCUCAAAUCUUUUUGGUGGAAAUGUUAUGAUAAGCUUAAGGAUCGUUUCACGCAUAUCUUCUAAUGUUUUUCCUGGAGAUUCCUAUGGUGUUUUUGGUCGCCUGGAAGAUGAUGAGUAUGGCCAUCUACUUACCAUUCUGUCUGUGGUGCCUUCAGACGACGAGGUCCUUGAGCAACCUGUUAUUGCUUUGGAUGGCCCUGCGGCAACCUGUGCUCCCUAUUACCACCUCGGCUUCUGUCUAAGCUUCGACUCCUACAAUGAGUUUUUCAUCUGA